UUUAUAUGUGACAGCCGUCUCUUCUGAAAGAUAGAUAUCCAAGCCAAUGAUUAAUCCUAUUAGAUUCUGAAAUCAUUCCAGAUACCAAGUUUGAAGUUUUUGAGCAUCCGUUCGUCACAGAAACACAAGCACUAAGAACACUUAAUCCUCCCGGGGACGGUUUAAGGAGGCAUAAUUCUGGCAUCUAAAUCUACCCUUUUGUUUAUGAUCCUUAAAAACCACCCUCCAUGGCCAAACUUCUGUUGAAUUUCCAUCGUCUUAAUCCGAUGAAAUAUCACAAACCGAUAGUACUCUUUCUAUUCCUCAGCGCCUUAAAUUUUUCCUUCUCACAAACCCCAGAUAUUAAGUGUGUCCUUGAUGUUCAAGACUCUUCAGCGUGGCGCAGCACGAGUUGUGAAGAAGGAAAUUGGGGUGGAUUUAUCAGCAAUUGUUGCGGAGCUGCUUUUGAUGAUUACAUAUACGCCUUGGGGCACAAGGCAAACCGGACGGGGCACAGGACACCCCGGACAGUGCAGCUCUUCUUAAACUCGACAGAGCAGACAAACUGCUUAAUUUCAAUGAAGGGUAUUAAAGAUGAUGUUUUGAGUUGUGGAAUUGACAAGCUAACAAGUGGAGCAGGCGGAUGCUCUGACUACACGAAAGUAGAUGUUUUCGACAAUCUGAGGAACACAUUGGAAAAUUUAGAUGAAGAUUGUAAGCUUUUGGGCACGGGCGAAAAGUCCGAGCAGGAUCAGGCUUGUAUUGCAUGUCUGAGAAGGUGGGAAGAGAUUGUGGCAUCAUCGGAAAAUGAGUCAUCGUCGUCAAAACUUGAAGCUGAUAUUUGUGGUUUUGCAGUUUUGGUAACUUUAACAAGUAGGAGGAUUGAUGAUAAGAAUUGGGUUACAGCACUGUAUGAAUGCCUUGGGGAUCAGAAACUUUCAGAAGAUGUGCAGAGAAGUUCAGGAAGUACGGGUGUAAACUUGAGAACAGGUCUGUGGAUUCUAUGUGGAGGUGUGGCAGGAAUUACAGCAAUAAUUCUCAUUGCAACAUGGACCGUAUGCAGAAAAAGGACUCAUGAGAGUAUUUUAGCUCGAAAAUAUGCAUCAAAUGAUUUACCGUCUGAAGAAUCCGUCAGCCUUAAGAUAUCAAGCAAGGAAAUCUAUUCAGCAACCGACAAUCUAAGCGCAGUCAACUUCAUUGGGCAAGGAGGAGCUGGAAAGGUAUAUAAAGGCAUACUAUCAAAUGGGAAACAUGUUGCAGUGAAGCACAUAAUCAACGAUGGAUCUGUUGAAACAUUCAUCCGCGAAGUAACGAGCCUUUCUGAUGUUAGACAUCCAAACCUUGUAGCUUUGCUUGGCUCUUGUGAGGAUGUAGAAGAAUAUUUCCUGGUCUAUGAACUGUGUCAAAAUGGGAACCUUUCGGAGUGGCUAUUUGGUAAAGAUAAAAAUCUGCCAUGGAGAACGAGACUCGAGCUUGCGAUUGACAGUGCUAGGGGCCUUUGGUUUCUGCACACUUAUCCGGGAGGCUGCAUUGUUCACCGUGAUAUCAAGCCAACAAACAUUCUCAUUGAUGAAAACUUUCAAGCGAAACUGUCAGACUUCGGGUUAUCUAAAGUUAUGGACUUGGGACAGUCUCAUGUGAGCUCAGAAGUGAGAGGCACAUUCGGUUAUGUUGAUCCUGAGUACCGAAAGAAUCACCGCGUAAAUGCUUCAGGAGAUGUCUACAGUUUCGGAAUAGUUCUUCUGCAACUUAUCUCAGGGCGCAGGGUCAUCAAUCUAAACUCAAACAAACCAAUGCCUCUUAGUAAAAUGGCAAGGGCUCUCACAAAAGGCGGUGAUGUAACAGAAUUCGCAGAUCCCAAACUUAACGGGGAGUAUUCGGUAGAAGCUUUUGACCUUGUGUUCAACCUAGCUUUGUCGUGCACAGGACUAAAGCUGCAGAGGCCAAGCAUGGAGCAAGUGGUAUCAAAACUCGAAAGGGCACUUGAUAUCUGAACCCAAAAACAGUCGGCUUCUUUUACCCUACCAAUCAAGGCUGGAAAUCGGAGAAACUCGAGCAGCUAGUUUUGUAUAUUGAAACAAUCAUGAAUGAUUUAUUAGUGAUUUUAAAUGGUAAAACAAUUACAAUACA